CGAACCUAGCCCUGGGAUCGUGUUAGGCCUCUCAUUUGUCUGCAACAAUGGCCGAAAACUCUGAUAAACGACGAAAAAAAGAAGCUGUCGCCGGAGAGUACACCGCCGAUCUCAGCAAACUCCGCCGUGGCCGGUACUCCAACUCGUCUUUUCCACUUUUGCUUUUUCAUCUCUCCUGAAUGGCAUAGAUUGGUCUUACUGAAAAAUAUUCGGUUUGUUUCUCGAGAAAAAGGGGAAAAUGCUUAAUGUAGGAGUAGCUUCCGUUAUGAAGCAGUUUCCUUUGCUUUCUCGAGAACCAAACAGAGGGUUUGUGGAGAAGGGAAAGUCACUUUUUGGAAAUACUUCUCUUGCAAGCAUUUUUUUUUUCCUCUCGAAAGUGGAAUAGUGCCUCCAAAAUGUACUGCAUUUUCAAUGCUUUGGAGAAUGCGUUGUUCAAUUGAUUAUAGUGCUUGUAUUGGUAGUAAUUUUGUGAUCGUUUAGAAAUCGAUGGCCAUAUCAGAGGAAUGGGAGCGGUUUUACAUUGAAAGAGAUGUUUCAUUCUUGCAAACUUUGUGGCAAAAAAACGAAAGGAGGGAUACAUAAGGUCAAUAGCAAGAGGUCAUGGCAUACUGAUGAUGAUGAAUUUGAAGGGGAAGAGGAAAAUGUAAAGGAAUUUGUUAAGAAUUGUAAGAAAAAAUUCCAGUUCAAGUUCAUGUGGAAGUGGAGGGGAGGGAAAAAUAGUAGGUCAACUCACUCUUACCAUGAAAAGACCAAAGCAAGAAAGUCUUAAUGCAUAUCAUACAUAUACGGUGUUGCAAAUUAGAAAUGAUGGUGAGAUGAAGCAACUGACAAUCAACAAUUCCAACAAGAAAAAGGCAAGAGACUAGGUGUGCGCAAGUAUAUUGAUGUGGAUGUGUGAUGCUGGAGUACCACUCGAUGCAGUCACUUACCCUAGUUUUCAAGGCAUGAUUAAUGCCAUAGGGCAAUAUGGUGUAGGUGUGAAGCCGCCAACUUAUUAUGAGGUAAGGGUUCCUUUCCUGAGGAAAGAGGUGACUCUCACACAAAAAUUAAUGAACAGGCAUGAGGAGGAAUGGGCAAGAAACGGAUGUUCCAUAAUGUUUGAUGGGUGGACUGAGAAGAAAGAAAAAACUUUUGCAAAGUUUCUGCUGGGUGGAGCGUAUUCGAGAAGCAAAUGUGGUUCAAGUUAUAUCAUAUGGUCAUUCAAGUUAUGCAUUGGCAGGUUUAUAGCAAAAAGAGAAACAAGCUAGCACAAGAUUGUCUAAAUGAUUUGGUGUUCAUAAAAAACAAUCAAGCCUUCAGGAGAUGAUACAAUGGGUGUAACACCGAUGACCCACUUUCCUUGAGAGAAAUAGAUGAAAACAAUGAAUGGUUGGUUGGGAGGAUGGAUGAUGAAGAGCCUGAAGAAUGUGAAGAUGAAUUUGUCUUUGAGGAUGAUACUUAGACAUGUAGUCGUGUCACUACAGCUGUGGCCAACUUUGAUACUGGAAUUCAAUCAAGAUUAGCACUAAAUCCAGAUGAUGAAGAAGCUGCCAGUUUGGAGGAGAUAGAAGGGGAAGAUGAUGAAGGCUGUGAAUCAUGUACAG